AUGGCUUUGGUAUUGCACACAUACAAAGGGAACAAAGGUGCUGAGAAGGCACUCAUUGCAGCAGAGUACACCGGUGUGCAGAUCAAUGUCCCCGACUUUGAGAUGGGUGUCUCUAACAAAACCCCAGAGUUCCUCAAGAUGAACCCUAUUGGAAAGGUUCCAGUGCUUGAGACUCCGGAAGGUCCCAUCUUUGAGAGCAACGCCAUUGCCCGCUAUGUGAGCCGAUUGAACGGUGAGAACUCCUUGAACGGAUCUUCCCUGAUCGAAUACGCACAAAUUGAGCAAUGGAUCGAUUUCUCCACAUUGGAGAUUUUCGGAAGCGUCUUCAUGUGGUUCGGUGCAAGAAUAGGCUACAUGCCAUAUAGUGUUCCGAGUGAGGAAGCUGCUAUCUCUGCGUUGAAAAGAGCACUUGAUGCUCUGAACACCCAUCUCGCUUCCAACACAUACCUUGUUGGACACUCUAUUACCUUGGCUGAUAUCAUCACUGUUUGCAACUUAAGCCUGGGAUUUACCACUAUCAUGACCAAAGACUUCACCUCUGCAUUCCCUCAUGUUGAGAGAUACUUCUGGACCGUGAUUAACCAGCCAAACUUCAAGAAGGUGGUGGGUGAUGUCAAACAGACUGAAGCUGUCCCUCCUGUUACUUCCAAGAAAGCUGCUCAGCCUGCAAAAGCCAAGGAGGAGCCUAAGAAAAAGGCUGCCCCUGCAGCAGAGGCACCUAAGCCAGUUGAAGAGGAAGAGGCACCAAAGCCCAAGGCAAAGAACCCUCUUGACUUGUUACCCCCAAGCCCAAUGGUUCUCGAUGAGUGGAAGAGGCUUUACUCAAACACCAAGUCUAACUUCCGUGAGGUUGCUAUUAAAGGAUUCUGGGACAUGUAUGACCCAGAGGGAUACUCACUGUGGUUCUGUGACUACAAGUACAAUGACGAGAACACGGUGUCCUUUGUCACCCUCAACAAGGUUGGUGGAUUCCUGCAGAGAAUGGACUUGGCACGCAAGUACGCUUUUGGAAAGAUGCUGAUUAUCGGAUCAGAGGGUCCCUUCAAGGUGAAAGGUUUGUGGCUGUUCCGUGGACCAGAGAUCCCCAAGUUCAUAAUGGAUGAGGUGUACGACAUGGAGCUGUACGAGUGGACCAAGGUUGACAUCUCCGAUGAAGCCCAGAAGGAGCGUGUUAGCCAGAUGAUCGAAGACGCAGAGCCGUUUGAAGGUGAAGCUCUCUUGGACGCCAAGUGCUUCAAGUGA